UGUGUGUCUAUUGUUCCAAUGGAGCCUGCAAGAGAAGAACAAGAGUUCAUCUACCGAUCAAAGCUCCCAGAUAUCUACAUUCCAAACCACCUCCAUCUACAUUCUUUUUGUUUCCAAAACCUAUCAAAAUUCAGUUCACGCCCAUGUCUCAUUGACAGUUCCACCGGCAAAACCUACACUUACUCAGAUGUCAAUCUCAUCUCCCGAAAGGUAGCUUCUGGUCUUAACAAAUUAGGCAUCAAACAAGGUCAGGUGAUCAUGGUUUUACUUCACAACACGCCCGAGUUUGCUUUCACAUUCCUCGGUGCAUUAUAUCGCGGCGCCAUCACCACGACGGCGAACCCCUUUUACGAAGCUGCGGAGAUAGCAAAGCAAGCAAUAGCCUCCAAUGUCAAACUUAUAGUCACCCAUGCUUGCUAUGUUGACAAGGUUAAGGGUUUAGCCCAGGAGAAGGGGAUUAAGGUUGUGUUCAUUGACUCGGCACCAACUCCGAGUGGUUGUUUGCAUUUCACCGAGUUGACUAAGUCAGACGAGAACGAGCUGCCGAGUGUUGAAUCGGACCCUAACGACGUUGUUGUGUUACCGUUCUCUUCUGGAACGACUGGGUUACCAAAAGGGGUGAUGUUAAGCCACAAGAAUAUGAUCACUAGUGUUGCUCAACAUGUAGAUGGAGAGAAUCCAAACUUGUAUUUCCAUAGUGAAGAUGUCGUGUUGUGCUUGUUACCUAUGUUCCAUAUCUAUGCGCUCACCGCUGUGUUUCUUUGUGGGUUACGAGUUGGGGCAGCGAUUCUGUUAAUGCAGAAGUUUGAAGUAGUAACACUUAUGGAGUUGAUUCAGAAAUAUAAGGUGACUGUGAUGCCGUUGGCUCCUCCGGCAGUGUUAGCAAUUAGUAGAAGCAAGGUUGUUGAUAACUACGAUUGUUCGUCUAUCCGAAUGGUAAUGUCUGGUGCAGCACCGAUUGCAAAGGAUCUUGAAGAUGCAUUCAUAUCAAAGUUUCCAUAUGCCAAGUUUGGUCAGGGAUACGGGAUGACCGAGGCUGGUCCAGUGACGAUAUGCUUGUCCUUCGCGAAAGAACCGUUCGACACAAAACCAGGUUCAUGUGGGACUGUUAUUAGAAAUGCAGAUUUAAAGAUCAUUGAUCCAACAACUGGUUUUUCUCUGUCCAGAAAUAAACCAGGAGAGAUCUGCAUUAAAGGGGAUCAGAUCAUGAAAGGUUACAUCAACGAUCCAGAGGGCACAAAGAAAACCAUUGACAAACAUGGAUGGUUACACACAGGGGACAUCGGGUAUGUUGAUGAGGAUGAUGAGAUCUUCAUUGUGGACCGAUUGAAAGAAUUGAUAAAGUACAAAGGGUUCCAGGUGGCCCCUGCCGAGCUCGAAGCAAUUCUCGUCGCUCAUCCCAAAAUCUCUGAUGCCGCUGUUGUCCCAAUGAAAGACGAAGUCGCAGGCGAAGUUCCGGUCGCAUUUGUCGUGAAAUCAGACGGUUGUGAGGUCACAGAAGAUGAGAUCAAGGAAUACAUCUCAAAACAGGUAGUACACUAUAAGAGGAUCAAACGGGUAAUUUUAGUGCAUUCAAUCCCAAAAGCGCCAUCUGGCAAGAUCUUACGGAAGGAUUUAAGAGCAAAAUUGUAAAAAAGCGCGUUGAUUCAAAUCAAAAUCACAUUGAGAUUACAAAGAUUCCAAGCAAAUCUCA